UGUGCAGAGAUGGAGAAACAGCUUGAAGAUCUAAAGCAACAACUAGAAAAACAAUGCUUAAUCAAUAAAGAGCUACAAAGACAAAACAAAGACUUAGAAAAACGUCUUCAAGAAAAAGAGAAACUCCUGCAGCAACUACAAAGCCAUGAGCCAGAGUUUCAUGGACACAGUGGGAAUGAAGUACAAGAAUUUAGAAAAAGCAGAGCUGCUGUUAUAGCCACUGAACCGAUCCCAGAGACGUUGGAAAUCUCAAGCACGAGAGUCAAGAAAACUGGCUCUGAGACGAGUCUGAUCGUCAAAGCCAUCCAGAAGAAUGACUUUCUGAAGAGACUGGACGAUGAGCAGACGGCCAUGAUGGUGGAGCUACUGGUGCUCUCUAAGUUCAACCCUGGAGAUGAAGUCAUCAAAGAGGGCUCUGAGGGGGACAGCAUGUACAUAGUGGCAGCUGGUGAGUUGCAGGUGACCCAGGCUAGACAGGAUCUCCGCACUCUGACCACUGGAGAUGUUUUUGGGGAGUUAGCCAUCCUAUACAACUGUAAAAGGACCGCCACAGUCAAAGCUAAGACGGCCGUGCGUUUGUGGUGCAUGGAGAGGCAAACCUACAGGACCAUCAUCACCAACAAGUCCAAGAAGAAACGAGAGCAGCUCAUGGGUUUCCUGAAGACGGCUCGCACUUUGAAGGACCUAAAUGAUGUCCAGUUGUCCAAAAUUAUUGAUUCAAUGGAGGAAGUGAAGUACCAGGACAAAGAUGUAAUUGUACGAGAAGGCGCUGAGGGAAAUGCCUUCUACAUCAUUCUUAAAGGCGAGGUGCUGGUAACAAAGAACGUGAAUGGGCAUCAGAAGCAGAUCCGCAGAAUGGGAAAAGGAGAGCAUUUCGGGGAGCAGGCCCUUAUACGUGAGGUGUUGAGAACUGCCACCUGCACUGCUGAUGGCCCUGUCACCUGCUUCUCCAUUGAUAAGGAGGUCUUUGAAGAGACUAUUCCAAUUGAACAACUGGAACUUUUUGAUGAUUCCAAAGUCAUGCAGCAGGACACAGAAGUCCCAGAAAAAUCCAGUCCCAGCUCCACAUUGAGAUUCAAGGACCUUGUUCCAGUGUUGUACCAGGAGGGUCGUUACCAGGGCGACCCCGUGACUUUGGGAGUUGGAGGAUUUGGACGUGUACAGCUUAUGACCACAAUGAAUCAUGGAAAAUACUAUGCCAUGAAACGGGUCAGUAAGAAGCAGAUAGUUGCUAAGAGACAAGAGGAGCACAUGCUGUUUGAGAAAAAGAUCCUAAAGACUAUCCAGUGUGACUUCAUUGUAAGGCUCCAUGCAGCUUUCAAAGACACAAGAUAUAUAUACAUGGUGAUGGAGUUUUGUGGAGGUGGGGAGGUGUGGACCAAGCUGAAAGAAGUGGGCCGUUUUGAUGAGGCCAUUGCUGUCUUCUGCACGGCCUGUGUGGUGGAGGCCUAUGCAUACCUCCAUAAGAAAAACAUCAUGUACCGAGAUCUGAAGCCAGAGAACUUAAUGCUGGACCUAAAAGGCUAUGUUAAACUGGUAGACUUUGGUUUUGCUAAGGAGUUGAAUCGUGGAGACAAGACAUACUCCUUUGUAGGUACCCCUGAAUACAUGGCACCAGAAAUCAUUCAAAACCAGGGACAUGAUUUUGCUGUAGAUUUUUGGUCUCUGGGAAUUUUGAUUUUUGAGCUUCUAGCAGGAAGCCCUCCCUUUUCGAGUUCAGAACCUCAGAAGAUUUAUGCCAAGAUCCUUGAUGGGGUGCUUAAGUAUCCUCCUUAUUUAAGUGAAGCAGCCAAGUCCAUUAUCAGUAAGCUGUGCAGGCCGCGCCCAGGUCAAAGGUUAGGAAACACCAAGAAUGGAAUCAAGGAUGUCCGGCAUCACAGAUGGUUCAGCAACAUGAACUGGCACAAGCUGCGCGUGGGACAGCUCGAGGCUCCCACGAUCCGACUCGUACGCAAGGGCCCCUGCUACAUCAACUUUGAUCGUUUUCCACACGACCAAACGAAAGCUGAUGAGGAGUUUUCGGGAUGGGACAAGGACUUCUAAUCUUUUCAUUACAUCGACAGCUGACACAUUUUUACUUUACUUGGACCCAUUUAAAUUCCCUACAAUUAUUUUUUUUAUAUUUGGGGGAAUUUAAUCAUACUGUUGCCAGUAUAAGAUAAAGGAUGCAAAUACACAUUUAUAAUAAUAUAUUUUAUUACCAACUACUGUGAUACUGCACUGGAGUUGGACCUCAUGCCUAAACUGACCCAAUUUAUCAUAGGUAGUACAGUUACAGAAAAUUAUAGCAAUUCUACCACUAUAACCUGAAUAACAUCACAUUUCUUUGUGAUACAGACCUAAAAUUAAUGUUUCAAGCCUCAUUAAAGAUAUGGGACCUUUGUAAAAAUUAUGUAAAAUGUACCCAUAUGAAGGAUCAAAUAUGUUUCAAGCUCGGUGAAAAAUCUUUGGACACUGCUGGCCUACAUAGAGAUCAUGCACAAAAUAUUCCAAAAUAUGGCAUUAAAAUAUCAUCUGCAGAGACAUGGCCACACUCCCAUAGAGAGUGUAUAUGUUUAAAGGCAUUUUUGGACAAUAGAAAUGUGAAUAAAUGAUAGAUGACAGUUUAAUGCCAUACUGUGGAACAUUCCAGGCAAAGGAAUAAAAUCUCUGUGAAUACAAACACAUAGCAAACCCCACACCAAGUACAAACUGCUGACAGACACUAUUCAAAAUGCUGUUAUCUGGUGAACUGGGUCAAGUAUUGGCCUUUUUUACUGGAAGUUUAAAAAUGACUACUCCAAAGGUAUCUGACUAAACCGACUGUCCUGUCCUGGCAGCAGUUGCUUCCGUUUCACGCCUCUGUCUUUCCUCAUGAGGCUGGUUUUCCACAUCAGAAAAGCUCCACAUGAAAGCACGCGGGGCAUCAAAGAAGAGAAGACAGAUGUUUCCCCCCCUCACAAAACUACUACACCAGCAAGUGCGCUCAGAGGACCCAACGUGAACCUGAUUACAAUCAUAUCUCAGAAGAUGAACUGAAUGAACUGCACAAAAGUUUUUUAACUGUACUGCCUCUACAAUCAGAAAUACAUUUCUUGAGUUUCACUAUCAUGUCUCACCGAAAUCUGCACAAAAUUCAGCUGGAGAUGGCUUGAUGAAUAAUGUACUGUUCAAUUAUUCAUGAUUAAAUCCUUUUGUAAAAGUUGAAAUUUAUCCACUCUGACAA